GUGGCACGGUACCUGAUGUUACCGUACGCUGUGAGAUUUGACGUUGGUGAUUCGAUGGCUGAAGCUGUUAAGCUAUUCACAGGAUUCCAAAGCGACUGUGCUCAAACAACAACUGGUGUUGAUAAAUGCUCCAAGUAA